GGCAAGCGGAAAGGCGGCUCAAGCCGGGUUGGUAAGGUCAUGCAGGAUUACACGUUGACUGGCUGUCCCUGUACCGUGUCCAAUUGUUCGACCAUCACAGGACGAAGCACGAAUAGCCACGCAAUUCCAUGCCUCAUUGGAUUAUCGCGACUGCUUCCAUACCUCUAACUCAAUUGUUUGUUGGCGACAUGCACGAGGAAAACAUGAACAUACUGACUCAGGUGUUUCAGAGGGGAUAUAGACCGCAAUGUUUGAUACUUUCUAUGUCAUUAUAUUGUCUUGCGCGAGCAUCCCCAGCAUUCACUCUCCUACCUUGUUCCAAUGGUCUGGCCCAGCCUCAGAAGUCUGUCUCCCGGUAUUUACACCAUAACUAACCUCGCCUGCUACAACCGAGCAAACCUUCCGAAUGACGAUGAAAAAGCCAGCGUGACUUGCAAGAUCCCCAGAAGGACUAUGGACGCGGAGCAGUGGGAAAUCCAACCCUCGGAAUCACAGAACGGCGGACGCUAUACAAUUAGGAACGUGAAGUAUAAUCAAUAUGCCUCAUUUGAGAUGAAUCCAGAGGUCGCUUCGCCUGUGUUUGGAAGCCGAGGGGAGGGCUGGUGGGUCGUUACCGAGAUGGACUCCAAUCAAUAUGGCGAGGAUACAUACAGUAUCGUCUGUUACCAUCACUCUGGUCUAUCCUGGACGCUUCCAGAUGAAGGAGACAAUACACCCAUUGAACUUCAUCCUUUUGCACGAGAUCGUCGCUCCCUAUGGAAGAUCGCGCCGUACCCUCCUCUGCCAAAACGACCAUUUCCCUUCACGGACAGGUCGAUUCUGUCGUUGCGCUCAGUCGAACAGACAGCGGACACACAGUACCUCCACGUGCAGUUUGAGUGGAUAGCACUGCCUCCAAACACCGUGCUAGAAUUCCCAGAGCCUCUCUUAAUCGUAUUUCACAGUGAAGUCAUUGCUGAAGUGCAAGUCGAAGGUGAAUUCAAAACAAAUGGCCACAUUCUUUUCGGUACUCUGAGGGCAGAUGACACAAACGCGUUCGCAUCGUUCGCAUCGACGGUUGUACGUGACGAUGAUGUGCAAGUCUCCUUGGAGAUCUACAAGUUCAAAUACUACGCAGAAGAAACUCCCGAAAGCUCUCCUGACCGACAAUAUACCUAUCGGCAUGCAUGGAAGAAGAACUUCACUUUUAAAGGUCUUCGUUCGUUCAGAGAAAGAGUGACGCUAUGUGAUUUCCGAAUCACGGGCAGUGCCGAUGACGAUCAUGGGCCGUACAUGAAGUCAAGAGUCACAGUGAACAUUGUCAAUGCCUCGGUGUUUACCACUAUGGCGACAAUUUCUGUUGGAGUGUACAUUGGUCAGACCAAGAUUGGCACAGGACACGCCAAGAAUCUACAACUCCUUCCUGACACGAACACGAUGAACGUCCAGUGGCAAUAUCGUCCUCUCAGUCCCGCCAACCAAGAGGUUCAGAACUUGAUGGACCAAUAUUUCACGACCUCGCGCGACCUGCCCAUCACGCUCAGCAUAGAGAGCAUGAGCGCCAACAUCUGCGGCAACCUUGUGAACCUUCCGCGCUUCGACGUCGACACACGCAUAUCGGGGAUAGGCAUGCAAUUCAUACACCACGUGGACAUCCACAUCAGCGCUGUUGCCGCAUUGUUACAGCGCCGGGUCUCGUUCUCGUUUGACAUCGAGAACCCCCUCGACGCGACCUUGGAGAUACGCGAUAUCGAGCUCGACUGCUUUGUCAAGGGCGCGCAUAUCGCCAGCGUGAAACAUCGUUUCUGGUCUCAGAAUAAAAAGGCGCGGAAUUUCAUCAUUCCGCCGAAGGAGAAGCAGACCAGUCCGCGGGUCCCGCAUGCAUGGCUUGUUGCAGACUUUGUGAAGACGAUCCAGCUAGCUUGCGGCGGCGAAGCAUUCCUGGAUGUCAAAGUCAAGUCUGCCACUCUGCGAAUCGACCGGUUCAUACUGCAGGGGCUUACGUACAACCUGCACGAUAUCGAAUUCAAACUGCAUUGGUUUCAUUGACGGCAAGAUUCGGAAGGCUGCGGUGAUUCAUAGUAUUGUAUGUGCUUUGGAUCACUCGCAAUAUCUACGUUCAGUUACGGCGGCGUACAAGACCGCUGGCUGCUUUCCGAAGUCAAAAAUUGGACAUUGCAUGUUCACACGGAAGUAACAGGGUAGAUAGACGUUAUAUAUGUAUGUACAUACGUUCAUCCCGUGCAUCGCAUGUCAAUCAUGCACAUAAUUGAAUAGACAUCGACGAUCGACCGUCACCAUUGCUCGCACUGCUGAAACGACCGCGUUUCGUCAGGAUCAAG